UUGAAUCGUCAAUUGCAAGCGACUCUUCGUCAAAUUAAGUGCGCUAAAAUGUUCUUUAAUUAUGCUAUCAUUUUCGCGUGUGCGUUACUAGUAACCAGCAAAAGUCUACCUGAUAGUAAUACUGAUAUUAUUUCAACCUAUGCCAAAGUGGCCCACUGGGGAGCCGUUUCGACCAGCACAACCGAAAAACCCGAAUCGGAGGCAAGAAGCCACAGCGGACAGUCCCUCUGGGCUCACAGAUCCGACGUCAACAUAAUCGGAGGCCAAAACCUAAAAACGACCAGACCCAAAGUCGUCUAUCAAUACGCGGUACAAAAAUUCGGACAAGAGAAAAAAGAUGUCGUUCCGGGUGUCGGCGAAGUCCAAGAGCGCUUCAACCCGAGACCUUAUUUUGACUAUACCCACGUACCGUCGUCAAAACAGGCACCCAAAACCGAAACCAAAACGAAAACUAAGUCGGACUCCAACCCAGCGACCUUUGACAGCUUCCCCGUUUUUAACCCUCCAUCGCCACCGGCACCUGCGGAUUUAUAUUCGUCACAAUAUAGCUCGUACAAUCCACCAAGUGCAGGUCCUGUACCAUCCUCUGAUAAUUCUAAGCCCGAUGUGGCUUACCCCCCGAAUGCGCCACCACCUGCCGACGACAACAGCGACUCGGACUCUGGUUACCAGUAUAAUAGCCCUCCACAAGACGCUCCCGCGGCCCCCGUUGGUCCUCCGGCUCCCGCUUACCCGACGCUCGGGCCUCCAUUAGCUCCUAAUCAUCACGACCAUAAGGAAUAUUAUCCUCCAGCUGACGAUGACGAUGAUAAACAACCAGCCUUCUAUCCUCCUUCUGACAGUCAGGAUCGUCCUCAUCCGCCAAGUAAUGGUAAGGAUUAUGGUCAUUAUCAAGAUCAUGGUCACAAAGGACAGCUUUAUUAUCCUCCUUCUGAUGAUGGUACUCCUCAUGAAACGAUUUUGGACCAUCCUCCUCCAGGAUGGCAAGAUAGUAAGCAGAAUAUGGCUCCGGAUAUGGGAGCGGCUCCAGAUGCAAUGGAUGGUAACGGGAUGAACGGAAUGAACGGGAUGAACGGGAACGGGAACGGGAAUGGGCAUGACAUGGCCGAACAUGAUUUAUCGCCACCGCCAUCGUCUGAUUUUGGAGGACAAUUUCCGCAUUACCUGUACAACGAUCCGCAUGGCCAAGGUCAUGAUUUUGAUUACGAUUUUGACCAUCACCAUGUUUAUAAAGAAAUUACCACGACGGAGGCACCUGAAGACGAACGUGUCAACAAAGGACACUACAGUUAUUAUUAUUUAGGACGAAAAUUAUGGUACAUUCCUUUGUAUUUUAGUGUGUAUUUUAUCAUUUAUGUUACUGUAUUAAUUCUGAAGUCUAUUGCUAGACACAAGAUUCAGUUUAAGCAUCAGUAUCUUCAUAAAGAUAUGUCUAAAGACAUGUCCAAGGACAUGGGGCAUGGAAGGUCGUUCGAUCUUGAUGAACUUCAUGAGAAUGUAACUACUGCUAUUGACACAAGCAGACGAAAAUUUACUUAUGUCGCUAUGUAAA